AUGAAAUCUGGUGUUGUAAUCCAUAUUUAUUUCCCCAUCGGAUUUGCAACCUUCUGGGAUUUUAUAUUUGUAUUUGAUGUAUCUGAAAAUUCAUUUAAUGCAUUGUUGUGUCGUCAUUCAAAACGAUCUAACCCAUCAUCAAUCUUCAACUACCAUGAAGAAAUAUUCGAUCGUUGCAACCAUCUGAUUGAUUUAUUUUCUGGAAAAUAA